CGUGAGUUUUUCCGCAGCCGGUCCGUGCAGGAGCGAGCAGGGCUGAUACCUCUGCAACAGGUCGGCGGGUGAACGAGAGAGGAGCCGAAGAGGAAGGAGGGCUAUAAAGAGGAGGAACAGAGGGGUGGAGGAUGGGAGGAGGUCCAGCCUGCUGAUGUGUGGAUGCCGUAGUCUGCAGAGGAAACCUGCGCUGCCAACAUGCUGCCGACCUUUCUCACCAUCUUCCUCAGCAACAGUGACCGUCAUGUGACCGAGGUGCCGGUCACGCCGGAGACGCUGUGCCGCGAUGUCCUGGAGCUCUGCAAGGAGCCCGGCGAGGUGGACUGCUACCUGGCCGAGCUGUGGAGAGGAUCCGAGCGUGCGGUGGGUGAUGGGGAGCGCAUGGUGGAUGUGCUGCAGCGUUGGGGACAGCACAGAGGGGAGGUGCGGUUGCUCCUGCGACACCAACGGCCCCCGGGACGAGAGGCGGGUGUCUCCAGAGAUCAGGUGAUGAAGAGGAGCGUGUCGAAGGGUCAGCCCCCAGGUCUGAAUGCGAGGCAGGGAGGGACCGAAGAGCCCGAUACUCAGUCAACCUUCCCUAGAGAAAUAAAGGGUGGCUCCAGAGAUCACGCGAUGAAGAGGAGUGUGGCGAAGGGUUUCAUGGACCGAGGCACAGAGAAUGGGGUGACAACCCCCCCUAUAGACCUGACUCUGACGGAGUUGCAGGACUUGGCGAUGCAUCAGCAGCAGCAGAUUGACACACAGCAGCAACUCUUGACCUCCAAGGAGCAGCACCUGCGGUACUUGAGGUUGCAGGAGCAGCGGCAGCAGCAGCAGCCGUCGGAGCAGGAGAGACUCCAGCAGCUCAGAGAGAACGCCCACAACCAGGAGGCCAAACUGCGGCGUGUCCGGGCUCUCAGGGGCCAAGUGGAGCAGAAACGCCUCAGCAACAGCAAGCUGGUGGAGGAGAUAGAGCAGAUGUCGGGUCUCUUCCACCACAAGCAGAGGGAGCUGCUGGUGGCGGUGGCGCGGGUGGAGGAGCUGAGUCAACAGCUGGAGGCACUGAGGAGCAGCAGGGCGGAGCAUCUUCCUCACCACCCCGCCUCCUCCUCGUCCUCCUCCGCCACCGAGUUGGAGCGCCUCUGUAAGGAGCUGCAGCUGCGCAACAAGCUGAACCAGGAGCAGAGUGUCAAGCUGCAGCAGCAGAAGGACUGUCUCUCCAAGAAGAACCUGGAGGUCGCCGCCAUGGACCGCCGCCUUGCCGAACUCCGCCAGAGGCUCUGGAAGAAGAAGGCCGCCCUGCAGCAGAAGGAGAACCUGCCGGUGGCCCCGGACAGCCAGGGCCCUCAGCAGGGUGGGCCCUCCAGAGUAGCUGCCGUGGGGCCUUACAUCCAGUCCUCCUUCGGCUCCCAGGGGCCGCCUCCGCCAGCAUGCAAGGACACGUGGUUGAAGGCGACAUACCCGGAUGGCACCGCCACCCUGCCCAUGCCAGACUCCUCCGUCAAACCUCCGCCCAGACCCCUAAAACCAGCCUCAGGCUUCCAGACGUCAAAGAUCACCAGACUCUCUGACUGGAGCAGCUCUCCAGCGGACCCGGGUUACAGCCACGCCUCCACGCUGCCCCGCAUGUCCAGCACAAGCUACCGCAACCCAGACGGCUGUACCCUCUCUGACCAGAAGGGGCUCUCCGGAUCAGAUGUCCCGCCCCCCGUCCCCAAACGGACCAAUCAUAUCGGCGAGAACCACCUCAGGGACAGCCAGGUUUCAGCCAAGGUGUCGGCAAAGACGCCUCCUCUGCCGCCGGUCCCCAGCAAACCCAAAUCCUUCUUCAAGUCGUCCUACAGCACCGGCACCUUCCCCGGCAAGGCCCGGCCGGUGGUGGCAGGCGGCAGGCCUGCACAUCCUCCGCCUUCCCACAGCAGCACCCUGCCGCUGCCCUCCAAGCAGGAGAACCCUCCAGCGGCCGCUGUGCGACCCUUCACCCCUGACCCUCUGGAAGCUGUGCCCCCGGUACUCCAGAAGCCGCAGAUGGUAGCGGCCUCGUCCAUCUACACCAUGUACACCCAGCAGAGCACGCUCAGCAAGAACUACCCCCCACUAGGACAGGGCACACUGCCCCGCUCCCAGCCAAGAGUGUAUGGUAAACCUCUCCUCCCGUCCACGGGGGGGCAGCCUUGUGUCAUCUCGGAGAACACAGCGGGGCAUUCUGGGUCUGCAGCCUCUGAGGGUAGUGAGGCGGAGCAGAGCUGCGACGGCGUGGCGCCAGAGCCAGGCGAGCGUAUUGCCCCCCGGCCCCUCAGCCCUACCAAGCUCCUCCCCUUCCUGUCCAACCCCCACCGCAGCCCGAGCGACGUGGACCUGGAGGCGUUGCGUCGGCGGCUGCAGCAUGCGCCGCGGCCCCUGAAGAAACGGAGCUCCAUCACGGAGCCCGAGGGCCCCGCAGGGCCCAACAUCCAGAAACUGCUCUACCAGAAAACCACGCUGGCUGCCAUGGAGGUUGUUGGCACUCAGCUGGGAUCGGUGGAGGUCACCGGGGACAACGGCACCGCCCCGGGAGACGGUCAGACCCCUCCGCCUCUGCCCCCCCGUUCCCCCGUCCCUGAACCCGCCUCCUGCCACGCCCUCCAGACCCCACUGGAGGAGGAUGAGAAGGAGGAGGAGGAGGAGGAGGGGGAGCCUCCUCGGCAGGAGUCCUUUCAGGAGGAGUACCCACCCUAUCCACCUCCCCCCUACCCGAGUGCUGCAGAACCAGAGCAGGAAGACGACUACAGCCUUCAGCCUCCAGAGGUCACAGGACAGGUCACCCUGCCACCGAGCAUCAAGUCCUUUUCCUGGACUCCUCUCCACUGUGCGGCCUCCUGUAACAACGUGCAGGUGUGUAAGUUCCUGGUGGAGUCGGGGGCGGCGGUGUUCUCCUCCACCUACAGCGACCUGCAGACCGCCGCAGACAAGUGUGAGGAAAUGGAGGAGGGCUACGCCCAGUGCUCCCAGUUCCUCUAUGGCGUGCAGGAGAAGAUGGGGGUGAUGAAUCGGGGGGUGGUGUACGCCCUGUGGGACUACCAGGUGGAGCAGGAGGAUGAACUGGGCUUCCAGGAGGGCGACUGUCUGACUGUCCUGCAGCGAGACGACGGCGAGGAGAGCGAGUGGUGGUGGGCACGAUGUGGAGACAGAGAGGGCUACAUCCCCCGCAACCUGCUGGGGCUCUAUCUGAGGAUCAAACCACGGCAGAGGAGUUUGGCCUAGACACCGACUGUGUCCGAGGAAACGUCCACACAGACAGGAAGUCUGACACACACAGACAGGAAGUGUGACAGUGAGCAGGACACAAAGACGUGUCCAGCAGGAUGUACUACAUGUUUAGAUCAUUUGAGCAGAGGACAAAGUAUUAGCCUCACUAGUUUCAGUCCUCCUUGUAGCACAGCGACACAGCGGAGCAGUGUUUUUGACACCUUCAGGUCUGACCUCUGACCCCAGCUGUCUUGGUGCAAAGAAGAGCGGGAACUUCUCUGUGGAUUAACGAUGGCGGAGACGUCAAGGUUACCAAAACCCGGUGUGUCCACCUUGAAAGUGAAUAAUUCCACCUUAAAUUGUGACAUUUCUAAAAACAAAGGUGUUUCUAACCUCCCAGUUCAGACAGACGGGUUUAUUUUCCUCUCCUGCAGGAUGGAGGGCUUUACUAUUUUACUUUUUCCAAAAUAAAAGCACCUCCCUG